AUGAAUCAAGUAUUUAAGUUGUUCAUUUUCCCUCUGGCUAUCAUAGCUUGUAUUGGAGGAGGUUCAAUCUACACCGAGUUAAACAACAUAUUCUUAUAUCAAUCUAAGUAUUCAAUUGAUCCAAAAACUAUGAACUGGUUCUAUUUCGCAGUAACUGCCUCAAAUUUAUUCGGUAUAGUCCCAUCUAGGCUAUAUAGUGCCUUUGGACCUAAGAAAACAAUCCUGAUCGGUGGUAUCCUCCUAACAAUUGCCCAUGUAACUGCUGCAUUGAUAAUUGACGCUAAUUUGAGUAAGAAUGCUGCUACUGCAUUACUCUUCACCAUUGGUAUCCUUGGAGGAUAAGGAGCAUGCAUAAUCUUCCUCUCUUCCUUAGGUGCUAUGCACAAGCUUCACUCAACUGUCUGCUCAUGCUUGAUUAAUGGAAUUCUUUUGGCUUACUUGUUAGGUAGCGAUACUUUCCACGCUGUCUUGAAAUAUGGAGUAUUCCCAGAUCUUAGCUAUAAGCAAUUUUUAUUAGUUAUUGCUGGUUUUGGAGCUCUUGCUUACGUUGCCUGUGCUAUUCUCUUCCAGAAAAAGAAGCAGAAGGAGCAAGGUACCAAGUCUAUUACUAAAGGUAUUGCACUCAAGAAGUCAGUUCUACUAUAUGCCUUGAUUCAAGCCCUUUAUUUGACCCUCGUCACUCUCCUUUCAGUCACUAACCAACUUGAUAGUUAUUGGGGAUCUAGACUUUUGGUCUUCGUACUUGCUAUUAACAUCUUCAUUCCAGGCAUUGCUCUAUUGUUAAUGAAAAAUACCUCAUUUAAGGGAAUGAGCCCAUCAGAGACCGAUAGAUUCCUUUCCCAAAGAGGUAAAAACUGCAAUUUUAAGGAUGCUAGAACUAAAUCUGAAUUCUGGCUUUUCUCAAUCAGUUUCGGUAUUCUUGCUGGAGUCUCAAUCAUGGUCGAUGAGAAUCAAAGUGAUAUUUCACUUAACAACGUCCAAAGAAGUUAGUACAACAGAAAGACCUACGCACUUUUCGAAGUGCUCGGAGCCUUCUCCUCAGGACUUUUCCUUUCAUUCUUCAGAAUUUACGUUUCAACCUAUGGACUCUUUAUGUUUAACUGCUUCCUCUUGGUUGUCUCUCAAUUCUUGUUAUUCUUCAUUGAUCUCAGCAGCAUGGCACUCUUUGUCUCUGUCGUCAUUGCUGGCUUCGUCAACGGUUCAUCAUUUAUGAUUGCUGGGCAAAUCGCUAUUGAAGACUAUGGGGCUAAACAUUUCAGCAAGAUGCUCGGUAUCUUCUUUACAGCUGCUGGUGUCGGUAUGCUUCUCUUCGAUGAGUUAAUGUUCUCUUAUAUGUAUUACUGGUUCAACCUUCAAGACGAAUCACAAGGCAGAAACUACUAUGGAAGAUGGAACAAAUACAUUUUCUUGAUUACUAUCUUAUCAAGUGGUUUGGCUUUCGUCAUGUCAAUUGCUGCCUUUGCUAAAACUAGAAAGACUGAUGGCAACAAAGAUAAGAUUUCAGAUUUUGUCAACUUCUGA